AAUAGUUUAAAAUUUUCAAAACAAAAAUAUCCAAAUUAAUUUAAUUUCACAAUUUCUCCAUUAUUCCUUAGCAUAUAGAUCAGCAAAUAAGAGAUAAUGAUGAAUCUCAAGCCACUGAUCAGCUAUUCUGGCGAUAAUAUUCUAUUCAAGUCAAUCCAGACGAGAAUUGAACAAGCACUUCCAACUGAUAAGAUUGAAUGGAAGCGAUCGUAUGGACGAGGCACAGCUAAAAACAUCAAAUUAGAGGCUAAUUUCAAGACAUUUGAAAGCUGUAAGGCACAAAUAGAAAGUUAUAAUUCACAAAAUUUUGACAUACUUAAAGAUCCAAGCCUGCAUAUUUACAUCUCUGAAUGCAAUGAUGUUGAGACAUAUAAAGGAACGUUAAAAGAGGAACUUGAUUCGUGGCUAAAAAAUCUUGCAACUUACGGAAUUUCUGAUUGGAUGAUUCUUAUUGUAGAGACUAUUGAUAUGAAAAAGACUAAGAACAUUCUUCCCAGACAAAGCGUCCUCGACAAGAUUCGUCUGGAUUUUGGUGCUAAGAAUGCCGAUAGAUGUGUUUCGAUAUUAAAUCCAUUAAAAUUCGAGAAUAAGGCAACAGAGUCAUUCCGAUCAAUGAUCCAACGAAUAAGACAUUUAAUCCUAUCAGCAUACAAUAAGAAUAUUAUUAAAUUUGAGGAGAUAAUAAGAGCAAGAAGAGAAGAGAGAAAUAAUGAAGAUUGGAAUUUUAUUACGUACUUUUUACUGCAAGAGAAACUUGCGUUCGUACUAGAAAUGCUUACACUUUAUUCAGACGCUCUUGUUCAAUAUGAUGAACUUGAUGCUAUGCUUAAUCUCUUUAUCAUGAACACAAUGUAUGGAGAAAAACCGAAAUGGAUGAGUACAUUUGAGAAGCCUUUAAAUAAUCUUCGAGGAAUUACAAUGUGUCAGAAGGAUAUAAAAGAAACUAGAGAAAAAAUCGUCGAUAAUUCCAUCACAAUAAUUGAAUUAAGAAAUUACAUCUUUCAAAGACAAUGUACGUUAUUGAACUCGAUGGAGCAUCAAUGGGAAAUUGCACAACGUCUAUUUCCAUUCCUUUUCUCAACUUUAAGGGAGAUCGUUGAAGCACUAAGAUUAGAAACUUUCAUGGGUACAUUGUCAUGCUGGCAAUUUAUAAAUUGUCUAGAAGUUCUUAAUAUGUGUGAUUGUGUUGUUGGCACAGAAAAUAUAAUUAAAUGUUCACAGCAUACAGCAUCAAUAUGGAAUUUGGCAAAAGAUAAGUUAUAUGAAUUAGGAAAGCUUUGUGGAUUAUUGCCAGGCUCUGACUCUACGUCUGAGCAGCUACAUAUUGUUGUUCAGUUAUCGUCAUCAAUUGGAGAGAGUCCUGAAAGAGAUGAGCUAGAGAAAAAAGAACUGGAAAUAAGAAGAUCGCAUUCGCCAAGCAGAAAAGUCCAAAAACCAGGUUGUGAAAGAUUAAGGGAAGCUCUGCAGUCUAAUGAAUUAUUCCAAAAGUUGUACUUAGAGCUGUGUGAAUUAGCAAUAAGCACUUAUAAGCAUGUAUCAAGACUAAGAUCAGCUAGAUAUGUUGGAAGAGACUUAGGCAACUUUUAUUGCUCACUCAAUGAGCCUCAUAAAGCUAUUGUCUUCUUUACUGACCUUCUACGUGAAUUAAAAUCUGAAAAAUGGAACGCAUUGGCAUCACAGACAUUACUAGAACUAGCAAAUUGCUAUAAGAAGCUUGAUGAUUCAUUGAGUUAUACAAAAGUUUGUGCUGCUAUAUCAUGCUGUGUUGAUUUAGAAAUUCUCGUCCGUACUUUUUAUUUUGAUGACUUCCUCAAGUCACUCAAAUCAAUUCAACCAAUUUUGACACAGUCUGAUAAAGAAUCUAAUAAUUUCAUUCAGCUUGAGGACAAUUUUAAGCUCAUUGAUGUGCAUUUGGUCAACAGCAGCCCGAUCAUUCAAGACAGCUUACUUUCAUUGGAACUAAGAAUUGAUUCGAAUUUUCCAAGAGAAGUUUUGUGUGAAAAAGUCGCAAUAAGUUUUGAACUCUUUGGCAAAGGUACAGAAGCAGUUAUACCGCCAAAUGAAUUUGACAUCCUUCCGUUCUCAAUUGAGACAGAUUUAAAACAAGAUAAUACAAUCAAUAUGGUAUCUGUAAUCUGUGAGAGUAAGGGAAAGGUACGAAGAACUAGCAGCGGAAAGAAUGACAACUUGCCAGUCACUGAAUCUAAUUUCAAGCAUUCUGCAUCAGCUAAAAAUAUCCUCAUUCAUCCAGGAAUUAAUGUGAUUGUGCUUGAAACAAAGGCACUAGAAGUUGGUACGUGGAUAAUGAAGCAAAUAGCCAUACAUUUUCAAAAACUAAAAUUCUUAUCCAAGUCAAUCAAUGUCAGAAACAAGCCAUUUGAAAUCAGCACAAAAUCGAGUUCUGCAUCAUUACACUUUUCUGAUUUAGUAGCUGGAUUGGAUCAGAGCAUGAAGCUAUUCAUUUCUGGUGGAUCUUAUCAUUUUCCAAAGGAAUCAUCCAUACAAUUAAAAUGCUCGAAAGGCUUAAAACUGAAGAAGAAUGAUGAAAAUGAUUAUCAAAAGACAUUAAAUAUAAAAUUAACAGACUUUAAAUUAUUCGAGGAACGAACAGUUGAACUAAGUGCUCUCUGUGAACUGCCAUGUCGUCGUGACGAGACAUUAAUUGAUCAAAAAGUUUUACUUCACUGUCCAUGGAGUGAAUGUGAGAUUCAAAUUCCUUUAAAAUUCUUACCCAUCUUGACUGCUUCGUGUCGUUUACAUUCGUCUGGAUCUAAAAAGUUCCUUCAAGUUAUUGUUAAAAGUUUGUAUGAAAAGAACUUGAUUUUAACUGAUGCUGUAAUGAAAUGCUUAGUUAACAAUGUAAUAAUUACGGAUUUGAAUCCAAAAUCACAGAAUCGAGUGACAAUUAUGAAGAAUAUAUCCAUCAGCUACUUAUAUGAGAUUGAAGCUGAGCCAUUACAGACAAUAAAUGAACUGCCAGUGAUUAGUAUUGAGUUUAACGUGAUGUAUGCUGAUGUUAAUCAUUCAGAAGUCAUUCGACGAUACAUUUGUCCAUUUGAUGUCACUGACUAUAAUACAUUGUUCCAUUUGACAGUCAAAAUUGCAACUGAGCCUCAAGAAAUUUGUCGUGUUGGAACUGUCUGUCAUCUCAAUUUGACAAUCAAGAAAUUGACAGAACAAAAGCAGUUUAAUGAUUUGAUGUAUGAAGUUCUUUUUGAUCAGAAUAUGUGGGCACUUUAUGGACGUUCAGCAGGCGUUGUAUCAAUGACUGAUGACAUGAUGGAAACGACAAUUACCCUUGAUAUUUUUCCACUCAUUCCUGGAUUCCUGCCACUACCAAACAUACGAUUAAGCAAGUAUAUGGCAAAUAAAACUAAUAAAACUGACAAUCCCAAAUUAGUUCCAUUUGCACCAACACAAGUGUACAAUUCAACAAAAAGUUUGCAAAUUCACGUGUUAAAUAAUGUGGAACAGCAAUGAAACGUACUGAGUAAAGUGCAAAAGGCACAAAUUUAGUAAAGCUUAUAAGUUAUCAAUCUCAUUUAUUUCUGGGUUUUGUUUUUCUUCAUCUUGUAUUGUUAUCGUCUCAUAAAAUAUCAAUUUCUAUUUAUUCCAAUUGUUAUUAUGACUUAAUGCUUAGAAAUAAAUGUAAAGUUCUUGUUAAUUAAGUUAAAGGAAUGAUAAAUAAUUUACUCAGAAAAAAAUCGUGUCAACACAAAAGAAAAAAAAACCUUAAUCUUAGAAGAUUAAUCAAAUUAAAAAUAUAUAUAUCAAUAAAAAUAUUAUAUGUUUAUCGACUAGAAAUUGAAAGAAACAUGUCUUUUUACUUUCUUCCUUAAAUUAUUUAAAUAGUCUAUCAUGCCUUGCACGAAAGUUCCUUUGCAUGCACAUCUCUCAUUUUGUUUUAGGAAAAUUAAAAUCAUUCAUUUUGAGCAAUUUUCAGUAAUAGAAGAGAGAUAGAGAAAUUCAGUGAGGAUAUAGACAUAGGUAUAUAAAUUGCACAGUUUAAUUAAUGCAUUGUAUCGUGAACUGUUCUUUUUUUUACAAAAUUGGUUUAAUUUUUUAAUGUGCGAAUAAGUAGAAAUUGAGUUGAUGUCUGGAGAAAGUGAUCUGUUCUUUAAUUUUAAUAUCUUUUCUCUGUUAAGUUUAGAUUAUUUGAUAGAUUUAAAAUAAAUUCAUCGGAUUAAAUUGAGUAAUUCAGUAAUCCAACACUUCAUUUCAGCUCAGUUCAUUCGAUUUUUUAAAAGAAAACGGUAAUUUUUGAAUUUUAGAAAACCGUUAAAAUUUUAAACGUAUUCGAAAGAAGAACAUAGCUUUUUCCAGACAGCAGCUCAAAAUUGAAACAUUACUUUUAUA